AUGAAAGGCCUCAUUGUCAUUUAUGCUUUAUAUUUAAUUACAGUUAUCAGUGAUGACAGGUCUGAUCAAGAUGAUUCUUGUACCGAAACAUGUGUGUGCAGCCCUUAUAAGCUAGGUAAUGAUAAAUGUGAUGAUGAAUGUGAUAAUUGUGGAUGUGAUUACGAUCAUGGUGAUUGUCAUCAUUUAGGCUCAAAGGAUGCAAUAAUAAUUGGCUUGAGUAUAGGUGGUGGGGUUUCUCUUAUGUAAACUUUAUUUAGACUGUCCUGUAUUUUUAUACCUAAAAUUUAUAAAUUAUUGAGAAAGCGAAGCUCCAGAGUUAUUAUGGCCUCUAUAAGAAAUGCGAAUCCAGCUCAUUAUAGGGAAUCUUUAAAUACAUCAAAUAGUUCUUUUAUGGAGAAUUUCUUCAAUGAAGAUUUCAUAGGGAAGUAUAUUGCUAACUCCCCCCCCCCCUCCGUGAGCGAACAAAACCAUUAGAAAAAUCGCCAUUUUUUGACCAAAAACCCCACCCUCCGUGAGUGAACAAAAUUUUUUUAAUAGAAAAAAUUUUAAUGGAAAAAAAUUUUUUGAUAUAUAAGUGAUAAUUAGUAUAAUGAAAUCUAGAGCUAAUUCUGUUUAAUUUUAAACAAAUUGCGUUUUAAAACAUAAAUUUUGCAAAUUAAAAUUAAUAUUUGCUUCCCAAUUUUUGCAAAUUAGGAUUUUUUUAAAUUUCGAAAAAAAUAUUUUUUAUAAAAAUUUAUAUAUAAAUUUUUUUUAAAAAAAAAAAUUAACCCCCCUCCGUGAGCGAACAAAAUUUUUUUGUUCGCUCACGGAGGGGGGGGGGAGUAAGCAAUAUCCAGCUGAAGAUUUGAAGAUGAAAGAUAACACUCUAUGUACAAUUUGUUUUGAAGGCUUCGGAGAAGGUCAAGCUGUUAGAAAAACAUACUGUGAACAUUUCUUUCAUACUGCAUGCUUAGAUGAAUGGAUUAUCCAUUACAAGCAUAUGAAAUGUCCUAACUGUAACAAAGAGUUUAAAUUUUCCAUGCAAGAUUAUCGAAUACCUAUGGUUCGCCAAAGCGAAAAUUACACCUCUUAA